AACAACAUAAAAACGUCCCACGGUGUUCCGCUAGAGAGCGCCCGAGACCUCACUCAAAUUACGUCAUCAUUACGUACCAGGAAGUAAAGCGACAACAACAAAGCCGCGCUAGGUCCAAGCACUCAAACAGAAGCGUAUCGCCUUCCAUUCGGUUGCAUCGGAUAAACACGCCACUUACGUGGUGAAUCAGUAACAUUCGCGACACUACAACUGCAACGACGAAAGAGACCUGACAGUGGCUGCAGUGUGAAAAUGUCUGCAAGGACCACAGCAAAGUACGUGGAGGAAAAGGACUGUAGUCGUCGACAACUGGAAGAUCUUCGGCUGCAGCCGUAUGUUGUCUUGCGCAGAGCAGACAUCAAUGAAGCUAAGCAGCAGGAGCCAGAUCGCACUCACAUUAAAGAGGAAGAUGUGGGCAAAGAGGUCCAUCACUUCAAUGAAAAAAUGGAGCAGAAGUUUCUUUGCACCAUAAAAGAGGAGGAAGAGCCGGAGCGGCCUUGGAAUAAAGAGGAGGGAGAAGACAUUAAAAAGGAGGAGGAUACCUGCAAGAUGCCAUGGACUGGUGUUCAUGUGAAGAGUUUAGAUGAGGGUCAACAUGAGGUGAGCAAAGGGGCAGGGCCUCCAAGCUGCAGCUCAAGUCAAUGUGAUGGAGACCACUGUGGAGGAUCACAAGCAGCUCCACCAUCAGAUAGUGAUGGCAUGUCAUCACAUGUUCCUGCUGAUGCUGAUGAUGAGUCUCAAACCAACAGGAGAAUGCACACAAGAAAGAAAAACUUUUCCUGCUUAGAUCGUGGCCAAAAAUUCUCUUGGAGGGAACAUUUUAAAAGGCACACAAGAAUCCACACUGGUGAGAAACCUUUUUCAUGCUCAGAUUGUGGCCAAAAAUUCUCUCACAGGACAACUUUAAAAAAGCACACGAGAAUCCACACUGGCGAAAAACCUUUUUCAUGCUCAGUCUGUGGCCAAAAAUUCUCUCAGAAGGGAAGUUUAACAAUGCACGCAAGAAUCCACACUGGCGAGAAACCGUUUUCAUGCUCAGUUUGUGGCAAAAAAUUCUCUUUGAGGGAAAAUUUAAAAACGCACACAAGAAUCCACACUGGUGAGAAACCUUUUUCAUGCUUAGUUUGUGGCCAUAAAUUCUCUGACAAGGGAACCUUAAUUAGACAUACAAGAAUCCACACUGGUGAGAAACCUUUUUCAUGCUCAGUUUGUGGCCAAGCAUUCUCUGACAAGGGAAACUUAAAAAAGCACUCAAGAAUCCACACUGUCGAGAAACCCCUUUCAUGCUCAGUUUGUGCCCAAAACUUCUCUGAGAAGGGAAACUUAAAAAGGCACACAAAAAUCCACACUGGCGAGAAACCUUUUUCAUGCUCAGUUUGUGGCCGAAAAUUCUCCCGGGAGGACCACUUAAAAAAGCACACAAGAAUCCACACUGGCGAGAAACCUUUUUCAUGCUCAGUUUGUGGCCAAAGAUUUUCAUUAAAGGGAACCUUAAAAAGUCAUACAAGAAUCCACACUGGCGAGAACCCUGUUGCCUGCUCAGUCACUUGCCAAAGAGUCUCGAUUGAGAAUUCAGAGUGUCUUGGGGAGAUGAGCAAUGACCUGGGACGUUUUCACCUUAUAUUUGAGCAGACUUCAUGAGUUUUUGCAUCGAUGAUAAUACAGUGAUCCCUCGCUA